AUGCUUGUCAGCGGAUCACUUCUUGUGCUACUCGGUGGCAUAGCUUCUCCAUCUAUUGCGGAGACAGUUCAUGGCGUCCUCGUCUUUACCCGCCAUGGCGAUCGUACUUCUAAGCACUAUAGCGGAUAUGGCUUGACGAGUCUUGGAUUUGAGCAGAAUUUCCAGGUUGGAAGUAGCUACCGUAGUCGCUAUCUCUCGUCGGCCUCUCCUCGGCGGAUCUUCAACAUCUCAGAGGACAAAUAUGUCCCUUCUCAGAUAUACGCCUCUGCACCAGAUCAAUCGGUCCUUAUUAACACUGCAACGGCAUUCCUUCAAGGAUUCUACCCGCCCUUGGGGGGCGUCAGUCCGAAGCUGGCCACCCAAACGCUCAACAAUGGGACGGCGACUCAGAAUCCUCUCAAUGGAUAUCAAUACGUCUUCCUGCACGGAGCCGAUGCCAACUCUCCGGACACUAUCUGGCUCAAGGGUGACGAUGCCUGUCCAGCCCUGACGAACGCAUCCGAAAGCUUUGAGAACAGCACCGAAUUCCAGGCCAAGCUGGAGUCGACCAAGGCCUUCUACGCUGGAUUCUGGGACUUCCUCAAAGGUGUUUACGAUUACACGCCCCAGAAAAUGACCUAUGCAAAGGCCUUUGAUAUCUUUGAUUUAAUCAAUGUCGCGAAUAUCCACAACAGUUCCAUUCCAAGAAACAUCACUUCCGAAGAGUUGUUCCAACUUCGCACACUCGCUGACAGCGCCGAGUUCGCAUACAACUUCAACGCUAGCCAACCUGCCCGAUCAAUAGGUGGCAAGACCCUGACCGGUGCCAUCCUUAACCAACUAAACCAAACCGUCACAACCAAGGGUAAACUCAAAUUCUCGCUAUUAGCCGGCAGCUACGAUAGCUUCCUCGCCUUUUUUGGACUCUCAAAUCUGAUCUCGGCCAGCACCAACUUCUACGGCCUGCCGGACUACGCCUCUACUAUGGCAUUCGAGCUCUUCACGCCUGAGAAUACCACGGCCUUCCCCUCGGACGUUAACGCACUCAGUGUGCGAUUCCUCUUCCACAAUGGCUCCGCUGGCUCACUCGAUACCUUUCCGCUGUUCGGGCGCUCGGAGAACACAACUCCUUGGCCGGAGUUUGUCACACAGAUGAAGAGUCGAGCGAUUACGAAUGCCGAGCAAUGGUGCCAGACAUGCAAUAGCCCCGAUGACUUUUGUGCACUGUAUAGGACAGUGCCAACGUCAGUAGCGGAGAAGAGCAAAGGUGGUAUGUCGAAUGCGAUGGCUGGUGUGAUUGGUGCAAUGGUGAUGCUUGGUGUCGUCGCGAUUUGUGGUAUACUUGCAUUUGUGCUAUUCUGGCGACGAAAGAAGGAAGCCGCUGUGACGACUGAGGAGAAGGCCAGUGUAGCUAGUGGAAGCGUAAGUGUUUGAGCAUGCUAGGGUAGUCUCAAGGAUUCUAGGGCUCUCUGUUCUGGUGACACGGCAGUGGGAAUUGUUUUUGUUGAUGUUACAUGAUCAGAUGCUAGUCGCGAGCAGUAUCAAAGACUAAGAAUAGAGAAUGUAAUUUCCU